AUGUCUUCCAGCUCAGCAAUGGCCCGGAUCCUGAUAAAGGGCGGCAAGGUGGUGAACGACGACUGCACCCAGGAGGCCGACGUCUACAUCGAGAACGGCAUCAUCCAGCAGGUGGGGAAGGAGCUGAUGAUCCCGGGUGGGGCCAAAGUGAUCGACGCCUCGGGGAAACUGGUGCUCCCGGGGGGCAUCGACACCAGCGUGCACCUGGAGGAGAGCUUCAUGAACGCCACCACGGCGGACGAUUACUACAGCGGCACCAAGGCUGCUUUGGCCGGCGGCACAACAAUGGUGAUCGGACACGUUCUGCCAGAGAAGAAUGAGUCUUUGCUGGAAGCCUACGAGACGUGCCGCAGCUCGGCGGACUCCAAAUCCUGCUGCGACUACGCUCUGCACGUGGGAGUUACUUGGUGGGGACCCAAGGUGCGAGCUGAGAUGGAGAAGCUGGUGCGGGAGCAUGGAGUGAACUCCUUCCAGAUGUUCAUGGCCUACAAGGACAUGUUCAUGCUGAGGGACAGCGAGCUCUUCCAGGCCCUGCAGCACUGUAAGGACAUCGGAGCCAUAGCGAGGGUCCACGCUGAGAACGGAGAGCUGGUGGCCGAGGGUGCAAAGGAAGCGUUGGAUCUGGGCAUCAGUGGCCCAGAAGGGAUUGAAAUCAGCAGGCCUGAGGAGCUGGAAGCAGAGGCGACUCACAGGGCGAUUACCAUCGGCAACAGGGCCCACUGCCCCAUCUAUCUGGUGAAUGUGUCCAGUAUGUCUGCAGGAGACGUGGUGGCUACGGCUAAGAUGCAAGGUAAGGUGGUCCACGGAGAAACCACCACGGCCCACGCUGUCCUGAACGGUAUGCAGUACUAUCAUCAGGACUGGUCCCACGCGGCGGCUCAUGUAACGGUGCCUCCCCUCCGCCUGGACCCCAGCACUCCAAAUUACCUAAUGAGCCUGCUGGGAAACGACACUCUGAAUGUUGUGGGCUCCGACCACCGUCCCUUCACCAUCAAACAGAGAGCCAUGGGCAAGGAUGAUUUCACAAAGAUCCCCCAUGGGCUUCCUGGUAUUCAGGACCGUAUGAGCGUCAUCUGGGAGAAAGGAGUGAUUGGAGGUAAAAUGGAUGAGAAUCGCUUUGUAGCAGUCACGAGCUCAAACGCAGCCAAGAUUUACAACCUCUACCCCAGGAAAGGCCGGAUCAUCCCGGGAGCAGAUGCUGAUGUGGUGGUCUGGGACCCCGAGGGAUCCAAGACCAUUUCUGUGGACAGCCAGGUCCAGGGCGGUGAUAUAAACCUGUAUGAAGGCCUUCGCUGUCACGGCGUGCCUUUGGUUACCAUCAGCCGCGGCCGUCUGGUCUAUGAAAAUGGCAUGUUCACGUGUGCUGAAGGCUCCGGGAAGUUUUGUCCACUGAGGACUUUCCCAGAUUACCUCUACAAGAAGAUGGUUCAGAGGGAAAAGUCCCAGGCGGUGAAAGCCGUGGAGCGGGAGCCCUACACAGGUGAAGUUGUUGCCGUGCUGAAUUCAGGAAAGAGGGACUUUGGGGCUUCAGAUCUGGACACUCCGACUCGCCCCUGCACCCGACAUGGGGGCAUGAGGGACCUCCACGAGUCCAGCUUCAGCCUGUCUGGUGCUCAGAUUGAUGACAACAUUCCAAAGAGAUCCUCGGCCAGGAUCCUGGCUCCUCCUGGAGGGAGGUCCAGCGGGAUCUGGUAACCAACUGGAAGCAGAAGAAUGACACCUGGAAGAAAACGUAUGGCCAAGCAAGAAGACUUGUUUUUCUUUCUGGAAGCUUAGAUUAUGUGUGGAGUAAUGGAGUCAUGUUUUCAUUUUGAACUGUAAAACAUUGCCAUAAUAAUAUUGGAAAAAGGAAACAAUAAGUGGUUAUAGCUACCAAAUUACAGUCAAAUGUUAACCAAAUAUAAGCAGCAGAUAAAAAAAAAAAAAGAGUUGCCAUUGAGUUAGUUUGGUUAUUGGAUCAUAUUAGGGGGGAAAAAAAUGUUGUAUCUUACUAAUAGUUUUAGGAAUAUGAAGGUGAGUCCUGGUUUUUAUGAUGCGAUUGUGUUACCUCACUGUAAAAUACGAUUUUGCACUUGUAUCAUGUACUAUUUAGAUGCCUUUUUACAUGAUUUAACGUCACAAACGUCACAAAAUGUCUUUGUACCGCGAGCCAUGGUGAAUGAGAUGUAAUAAAUUAUUACAAGGAUGUCGGCAUGAUGUUAAUAUGCCAGUUAUUAUCGAUCGAUUGAUGAAAAAAAGAAGAAAAAAAAAAAAGCAUAAUUCAAGCUGUUUGUUGUUUUUUUUUUAUUAUUAUUGCAUUAUUUUGUGUUGUUUUCCUUUUCGAUGUUACCGUGUUAGAGAAGAACGAGCUCUUUCGCUCAGUGGUUCAUUAUUGUCAGAUUAGCAUUUCAGAUCAUGUUUACAGCCUCACAGCAGAAUAGACUUUCUGUUUCCACCCCCCACCAAAUGUGAAUGAACCUCCGCUGUGGGUCCUGUGCAUGGUAGCAUAGCGUAGAAUCGCUCGAGAUAAGCACCACUACUGAUUCUUUGUAUUCAUUUCCACAGAGAGCAAAAAGUCUCACCCAAACUGCCUUUUUUCGCACCUGAGAACACGGACACCCCUCAGACACACACUGUCCAAAUACCACCGGUGCAGGACGGGAAAUUAGUUUGUAUGUCAACACCUUUUGGUCUGAAACGGCAGCGUGUAAUAAAUGUUCCUCUGACUGACGUUUGCAAUGUAGCAUAACCACUGUGAAAAAAGGUGACGCGAUCCUCUUUGCAAAGUUCAACAGCAGAGGUGUUAGUCGGUUAAUGCCAAGUCUUCAGGGGAUCAAAUGCCUUCUUUAUGCCACCGAAAGUUUGUAUGUUUGUUUAGCAGCUACAGAAAAGCACUGAUACUUUUUCAAGUUCUCGACUACUACUGUAUUUUUAUUGUUUGUUUGUUUUUAGUUAUGAAGCUUGUGAAUACUCGUCUUAGUAAAAUUUUAUUGUAUUUUUUUAUUAUUUUGGGUCAAAACUGCAGCACAAGCAGGGACGCGCACAGGAUUUAGCUCAUUUUUAGCCCCCGUUAUGUUCAGAAGAUCUCCAUGCAUCCACAGUAAAUGUCUUUAUUUGUGUUUUUUUUUUAUUUUUAGACAGAUUUCACUUUUGGUCUUGAGAUGCUCCAGUGGAUCUUGUCAUGUCUUUGCCCUCCCAAAUGUACACUGGUGCUGAACAAUGUGUCGACACAUUGAAUUCCUUUAUCUCUUAUUUCUUCUUGCAGCUCUUUAUCACAUGAUUUGAGUGCAAAUAAACCACCAUGAAAUCAAA